AUGGCGCUGCCGCCGUCGAGGAGCGACGGCACGCCGUUCCCGUGCCAGUUGAGUGAGGAAGAGUACAAGGCCAAGCUCACGGGCUCGCAGUACCGCUGCCUGCGCCAGGGCGGCACGGAGGCCUACCGCCGCGGCGAGUUCUGCAACUUCUUCCCCGAGGACGGCUACAUGGCCUGCGGCGCGGCGUGCGACAUCCCGCUCUACAGCGCCAAGUCCAAGUUCGCGGACCCCGGUUGGGACGCCUACGCGUCCUGCUACUGGACGGGCUCCACGUGCCACGUCGGCGUGCGGCCCGACGGCUCGGCGCUCGAGAACUUCUGCAACAACUGCGGCAGCCACCUGGGCCACGUCUUCUUCCGCGACCCCCACUCGCCGGCUCCGACCAAGGAGCGCCACUGAGUCAACAGCUGCUGCACGAAGUACGUCAAGGGCCCGCCGCCGCCGGGCCUCACGGAGAAGGUCGUCUUCGUCCCGUCCAACAUGCAGUCGUUCACCAAGUAA